AUGGAUGAAGGUACAUCUCAAUAUUAUUUCACUGCUUCAAUGGAGUCUGGGAAAAUAUUAUGUAGUUUGUUAAAGGCAAUACAAUUCCAAGAGUGUGCAGUAUUUUGUGCGAUGUCGGAAGGAUUGAAGCUAACAGUGGAAGAAGGGAAAUGUGUUCAAGCUUCAGCUUAUGUACCUGCUGACAAUUUUACCGAGUACCACGUCAGAGAAGAUGUGGAUGUUAUGUUUAAGAUAAGUAUAGCAGUAUUGGCCGAGUGCUUGAACAUUUUUGGUUCAGCUGAAGAAUCAAGUUUGAAGAUGUAUUACAGAUGUGAAGGAUCACCUUUACUUUUAGUUCUCCAACCGCAAUCAGUACACAAUGUGAUGACGGACUGUGAGAUAUCAACACAGACACCGGAUUCUUUGCUAGAUCUGCGCGACGCUGACUCAGAUGAAGUCGCCAAGUUAGUGCUCAAAGCCCCGGCGUUCCUCGCAUUGUUGGCUGAUUUAGAAAGAUCCUGUGAUGUACUGGAAUUGAAUCUAUCACCUGAACAUCCUAAUGUUAGCAUUGUUACCUACGGUAUGCAGGACCGGUCUUGUAUAGAGAUGCCCAAGUCUUCGGACAUGGUGGCAAGUUUCAGUUGUGAACGUGAAGUCACUCUCAGAUAUCAACUACAUCAUAUACGACUUCUUAUGAAGGCACUUGCACUCUCCUCAAAGGUUGUUUUAAGAUUUAGUAGCAACGGGGUGUUGUUAUUGCAACUGAAACUUGAGAAAGAAGACCAAAGGCAGAUGUUCUCAGAGUUCUAUAUUGUGCCUUUACUUGACUGAACAUGUUAACUUAUUAUGUAACUUAAAUAGGUUAAUGCAAUAAAAUUGAUUCAAAGAAAA